GCUGUGUGCGCGAGACUUUAUUGCCGGAGUGCCUACCUGCUGGUGUGAGAGUGCAUGAGUGAGUGAGUGAGUGUGAGAGUGUGAGAGGGACGGAGAGUGAGUGUGUGUAUAUAUAUGUAUAUAUGAAGUGUGCUGUGCUCGCACUGUCAAUACCAUACCACCAAUGCGUUAAAUGCGAAGCGAUGGGAAUCUCGCAGUCAUGUCUCUGCGAAGAACCGUGUUAGCUUUGCUCGUGCUGAUUGGAUUAAUAGCGCCGGGUGAUGCUUUGAAGUGUAACUGUACCAACUGUGAAAAAAGUGGCUAUGAGUGUGAGACAGAUGGAGCCUGCAUGGCCUCCACCUCCUACAUUAAAGGCCAGGAGCAGCAUGUGCGCAUCUGUAUUCCACGCGAGAGUCUAAUUCCACCUGGUCAACCCAUCUACUGCCUGAGUGCUGAGGGAGUUCUCAACACACACUGCUGCUACACCGACUACUGUAACAGCAUCGACCUGCAGGUCCCUAAUGGAGUUUCUGAGCCUGAGAGCUGGACAGGUGCACCUAGUAGCUGGGGCCCAGUGGAGUUAGUAGCAGUCAUAGCAGGACCAGUGUUCAUUUUCUGCCUGUUGCUGAUCAUCGGCGUCUUCCUGUUCCAGCACCACCAGAGAAAUUACAACCACAGGCAGAGGCUGGAUGUAGAAGAUCCCUCAUGUGAACAUCUUUACCUUGCCAAAGACAAAACCCUGCAGGACCUCAUAUUCGAUUUGUCCACAUCUGGUUCUGGAUCUGGUCUACCUCUGUUUGUUCAGAGGACGGUGGCGAGGACCAUCGUGCUGCAGGAAAUCAUAGGAAAGGGCCGCUUCGGGGAGGUGUGGAGGGGGAAGUGGAGAGGAGGAGACGUAGCUGUGAAGAUCUUCUCUUCCAGAGAGGAACGCUCCUGGUUCCGUGAGGCUGAGAUCUAUCAGACGAUCAUGCUCCGGCAUGAAAACAUAUUGGGCUUCAUUGCAGCAGACAACAAAGACAAUGGCACAUGGACUCAGCUGUGGCUGGUCUCAGACUAUCAUGAAUAUGGCUCUCUUUUCGACUACUUGAACCACUACUCCGUCACCAUUGAAGGCAUGAUCAAGUUAUCUCUGUCAGCCGCUAGUGGUCUUGCUCACCUGCAUAUGGAGAUCCUUGGCACACAGGGAAAGCCUGGCAUUGCACACAGAGACCUCAAAUCGAAAAACAUCCUGGUAAAGAAGAAUGGGACCUGCGCUAUAGCGGACUUGGGCCUGGCCGUACGCCACGAGUCCGUCACUGACACUAUUGACAUCGCCCCUAACCAGAGGGUGGGCACUAAGAGAUAUAUGGCCCCAGAAGUGCUGGAUGAAACUAUCAACAUGAAGCAUUUUGAUUCUUUUAAGUGUGCUGAUAUCUAUGCAUUAGGACUGGUGUACUGGGAGAUAGCAAGACGAUGCAACGCUGGAGGCAUCCAUGAGGAGUACCAGCUGCCUUACUAUGACCUCGUGCCCUCUGACCCUUCCAUAGAGGAGAUGAGGAAGGUUGUGUGUGACCAGAGACUGCGGCCUAAUGUGCCCAACUGGUGGCAGAGCUACGAGGCUUUGAGGGUGAUGGGAAAGAUCAUGCGCGAGUGCUGGUACGCUAACGGGGCAGCCAGACUCACGGCUCUGCGCAUUAAGAAGACGCUCUCGCAGCUCAGCGUGCAGGAGGACGUUAAGAUGUGAUGCACACACGGGUUGCCGCUUCCCCCCCCCACCCAGAGAUGCACACUCGGAGUGACCUGCCAGUUUCAGACACAGUUUUAUAACGUUGUGACAGGGACUACCUCACCUUUUUAGCCAAAACUACUGAGCUUAAGGCCACUCCAGCUGUUCUUCAAUCCCUCCACGGGCUCCCGGUCCAGUCCGUCUCCAUCAAGUCAAAGCUACACACCUCCACUGCAUGGACUGUUUUCUUUCUAAGGCAGGAUUCAUUCAUUAACUGUGAUGGGACUUAUUUUUAUUUUUAAAGAAACAGUCUUGCUUUUGAAAAUGGACUAUUGUGUACUAAAGAGCAUGGUUGUAUAUGUGGUCUUAUUUUGUGCGUCUCUUUCAUCCCUAUACAAUACGCAGUGCUUUGAAUCAUAGCCUGUUCUCUCCACUGUGGAGGCUGGAUUGUGUUUCUUGAUUUUUAUCUGCCGUUAGUAUAGCAAAAGCAUAAAGAUAAGGAGCCGUGAGAUUGAGAUUUACAGUGGGGGGGGGCAGGUUGCGGUGUAGUUCUUUCGCUGUCACAAUAUUUAGAAAAAAACAAUGAAUUAGAUUUGGGGAAUUAAAUGUAAAUUGCUGCAAAACUGCUCAUUUAUUUAACUGAUUAAUAGUGUGACCUAGACUUAGUUACUGUACAAAAAGGCAUGUUUCUUAUAAGCAUUAAGGUUUAUGUGCAGUUGACUGUUUUAACAAGGAUGGGGUUUUUUUCCCUUUAUCCCCCAUGUAUUAUCCUCCCCCCCCUCUUCUUUAUAUAUGUAAUGUAGCUGUUCAGGACACUGUGAGAUUAGUGCUCAUUCAGGUUAUGGCCAUUAAUGAUACUAAUAGCAUAUAUACACUAUGUAAUGCUGUGCAAACACCAGAUUCACGGCAAGAAAUGUAGCAUAACUUUCACUGUUUCCCACCCCCCCUUAAAUUUUUAAGCAUGCACUAUACCCAAUUUGUCUUCUGUCGGAUUUUAUGAACUGCACUAUUGCUCCUUCGGGGAAAUUGACAUUGAAGGUGGCCGUUCACACCACUCUAAGAAGCAUCCUGUAAAUGGUUCGUGUAAAAAAAAAAAAAAUAAUAAUAAUGCAUCAGUCUGUCUGCUUAUUUAUAAUGUAAUGGUUAUAAUCUACAACUUUCUAUGAUAUGUUUUCAUCUUCUUUCUUUUUUUUUCUUUUUUUAAAUUCACUCCAAUGGGGAAGGUACUACUGACUGCUCAGUUCCUUGCAUGAAUGAAAAUCUAAGCUUUUAGGUUUAUCCGUUUAUCUGCCGAGUCGCUUCAAAUGCCGGUGUCUGACACACUGCUCUAUAUCUGAAUGCAGGAAUCUACACUUGGGCCCCAGUGUGAUUUGUAGAAUUCUUUAAAAAGGAAAGUGUGUGUGUUUUUUUUUGUUUUUUUUUUUGUCCCCCCCCCCCCCCUCCUCCCUGUCUCUCCUGUCCCCUACAGGCUGUUAACUGGGCUGUUUGGAAAGGCCAUGCAAGGUCUAUAACAGUCGAAUGAGCACAGUGGACGAAUGCACACAGUUACAUAAUGAAUCUCGUUAGUCUGGACUAGCGUAGUGGUUCUGAUUAUAGAUUAACACAACAGUAUCUAUCUGGCUAAAAUGAACUUGUCCCGGGAUUUGCUCGGUCUUAAACGGGGUGAAAAAAAUGUAACAACUAUAUAUAUGACACUAAUCUUGUAAAGUGAGGAGGUUCGUAAUUAAGCCAGCUUUCUUCGUUGCACCAGUCUGGUCAGCCAUUUCACCAAGACAACAGUACUGUAAAGAAAUAGAAGAACUGUAAAGUAUACCGUCAGUAAGUGUUAACUUUAUCACUUGAUCGAACAAUCAACCUGCAACUUUUUUUUUACUUGCAUUCUCCGAGUCGAGCACUGGAUUCUUUUGUUUUGUCUAAUGUAAGGAAAAUGGACUCCAUCUCUUUCUUUUUUUUAUUUUUUUUUUAUUUAUAACUCUUGUUUUGCAGCAGGAAUUCACUUGAGGUCGUGAGACUUAAUGCAUACUCGUUAUAUAGCAAAUACCUAUGAUGUAAGGAGGGAGGAUCACUGGAAAAAUCACACUGGUAUGUAGACUAACUGCCCAUGUUUGUUUGUUUGGUUUGUCACAAUGACUGGAUUCCUGUAAUUUAAUAUACCAUGUGUUAAACCCGUGCGAAAUGCAAAUUCUUUGGGGAUUCAUUGAAAUUGUACAUAAAUAAUACAUUUUGUUUUCUUAUCUUCCAUGUCUGUGUUUCGUCAUUUAUGAGAAAAGAUGCACAUCUUGUUUCCGCUGGCACUUUAGUUGGACUGAACGUUUGCAAUGGGGAAUUAUUUUUCUUCCACAUUACAAUGAAUUAAGUUUUGGGGAAAAUGAAACAUGAAAACAUUUUUUAAAAAAAAGAGCUAGGAUGCAUAAAAUGUCCCAAACCUAUAACCA